UCCUGUUUCUCCUGCUCUCUCUCCUCAACUCAGUCCAAGACAAUCUCCCACUCAAUCUCGCCGGAGUUUAUCCCCAAAAGGCCCUCGGCAGUCGUCGCCCACUCUCUCUCGUCGCUCAACUCGGCUCCUCAGGGAUCCCACACCCCUAACCAGACCCAGGAUGGGGGGAAAUGUACCUUUAGGAACUGUCAGACCCUCACCUAUGGGCCUCAGAGGGCGUCCAGCACCCCCACCCACCCAGAAUGUCCGUCCAUUUCGUACCGCUUCUAUAAGAAGCAAUAGAUCUUCUGUUCUUACUAUAGACUCCUCUCAUCAUUCUUCUCCUUUUCAGUCACCUCACAUGAUACACCGUACCCCAAUUGGGAGGCGGGAGUCUGGCCAUUUUCCACGGCGUCCCAUGGCCCGUGGGCGUCCACUUGUGGCUCAAAAUUCUUUUAGGAGGAUGCCUCCCACUUCACCCUCAAUCAAGCACAUGUCACAACCCGUAUCACCACGUCUCUACAUACAACAUUCUAGUAUGUCUCCCCCCCUUUUGCCCCCUCCUUAUGUGGAUCCUUUCACCGAUCCAAUUGCUACCCCUGCCUCACCAAUACUAUCUAGCGCCUUGCAAAAUCAAGCUAUCAGACAGGCCCCUUUAACUUCCCCUUUCGGUUCUCCAGUCGUCCCAGGUGUUGGCAUAGACGGAAUGGCAGCCCAAUAUACAGAUCCUCCUUUAUCCCCUUUGCUUCCUGCUGCAAUGCAAAAUCAAGCCCUUCGAGAUGCCACCUACAUUUCACCACUGACUCCUCAAGAGACACCCGGGAUCCCUUCUACUCCACUAUUACCUGGAGCGCUGGAGAAUCAAGCUGUGAGAGAUGCAUCUUACAGUUCUACUCUGCAGCAUCCACUGUCUCUGAACAGGCAGUCUAUAGCGCAUUCCUCUCCUAUGGUGUCCAGAGCCCUACAAAAUCAGGCAGUUAGAGAUGCAUCCUAUAUUUCUCCUCUGCAAAGUCCACUAUCUCCAUACAAGCAGCCAAUAGCCCCUUCCUCUCCAAUGGUGUCUAGAGCACUGCAAAACCAGGUGCUGAGAGAUGCGUCCUAUGCUUCUCCUCUAUCAACAUCAUUAUCUCCUUAUGACCAGCCUAUGGCUCCUUCAUCCCCGAUGGUUUCCAGAGCGCUGCAAAACCAGGCAGUGAGAGGUGCCUCCUAUGUGUCUCCCCUUCAAAGACCUCAGUCUCCAUACGCCCCAUCUGGGAAUUUGUCUCCAGUACUGUCCGGGGCCAUGAGACACGGUCAGGCACUCAGGGGUGUAGCUUCUUAUCCUACUCCUCAGUUCCACUCUCCAUAUGGACAGACAUAUGUUACUGGGUAUGAUUACAUAUCGGAGCCUGGUCCAGCACCCCUGCUCUAUGAUGCUUUGCAGAACCGCUCCGACUUUCAGAACGUCGCGUCUUUAAGAUCCCCAAUGAUGCAACGACAUAACCCUUACGCACCCGUCAGCCCCAAACUUCAUAGCGCACUGCAGCAGAACCCAAAUCUCCGUCAAGCAUCUUAUCAGACUACGUUUCAAUUUAGAUCACCCUACGCACCUCAGUCACCUUCUUCGCCAAUGCUGGCAAGUGCCAUACAAAAUCCACAACUAAUGCAGGCAUCGUACCGGCUGCCAGACGGAACCUUGGUAUCACCUCAUGCUAAUCCACGUUCUUCACCACAUCUUGGUCAAGCCAUGCAAAACCAGCAAAUCAGGGGAGCAUCAUACGUUUUGCCUGAUGGAUCAAUUAUAAGGGACCCGCGAAUUCCCCAAUCUCCUAACCUUGCCAGAGCUCUACAGAAUCAGGAUCUCAGGACUGCUACGUACACUCUACCCGAUGGCACAAUUAUAGAUCCUAAAAACCAACAACCUGUCUCCCCAAACCUUGCUAAGGCCCUUAAAAACCCUGCUCUACGUGAAGCAUCGUAUUCACUGCCUGAUGGUACCAUCAUCAUUGACCCAAAAAAACCUAAAUCCCCUAACCUUGCGGCAGCACUUCAGAAUCCUUACCUAAAAUCGGCAUCGUACACGCUGCCAGAUGGCACAAUUAUCAUUGACCCACGGAAGCCUGUCUCACCGAGCCUUGCCAAUGCUCUUCAGAAUCCCGCUCUCAGGAAUGCCUCCUUUAACCUGCCAGCGGGAGUUCGGGACCCCAGUACACCCAUACCGCCAGAUCUGCUAAAGGCUCUUAAUAACCCUGCCUUGAAGGGGGCAACCCUUACUCUUCCUGAUGGAACCAUGAUCGUUGACCCAAGAAAACCGAAGAGUCCUACUCUGACCGCUGCCCUUCAAAACCCCUAUCUUAAGGGUGUGUCAUACACCCUACCGGAUGGUACCAUCAUCAUUGACCCUAACAAACCACUCACUCCCGACUUGUCAAAAGCACUUGCAAAUCCAAACAUUCGAAAUGCUUCUUAUCAGCUCCCUGACGGUUCACUUGUCAUCCCUGGUCAGCAGCCUGCGACCCCAAACCUUAGCGCUGCUUUGAGGAAGAACAUGGCCCUUCGAUCCUCUGACCUCUUCCACCUCCCUCAAAAUAGUUUGUUCACAGGUGCACCAAAACCUGACAGUCCGAAUCUUUCCUCCGCCCUGAAGAAUGAUGACUUGCGUGGUCUCCGUUACAGGCUGCCUGAUGGCUCCAUAUUGACAAGGCGGUUCCACAAUCCAAACCUGGCCAACGCAAUACAAAACCAACAGCUUCGCUAUGCUUCAUAUAGGACCCCAACUGCACUAUAUGGCACAGAUAAUCGCUACACCACAGUCCCACCCUACGGGCCUCACUCAGGCCAUUGGGCCCGCAAUGCUAGAGGAGGCGGUGAUACAGGGGAGGACGUGUGGGCAGCUGAGAGAGUUUUACCCCAUGGCACGGUCCAGCAAUUGGCCAAGUGGUCUAUGUAUAGAGAGACAGGUGUGUUAGAUGGAUAUUUACCCACACCCAAAAUUGAGAAUGAAGAGCUUCAGGAUCCAAAUUGGACCCCUAUUCGAGAGAAGGUUCCUGGGCAGAGCUGGUAUGACAAGAUCUACGCUAUUCUAAGCAUGCCGACAACCAGUCAUAGGGUAAAACGAUGGGCUGAGGGUAUGGAGGAUUUGACUCAACUGCCCGAAUUGAAUGAGACCACUGUCCUUAUGAAUCUCAAGAAGCGCUACGACCAGGACCUCAUUUAUACCUACAUUGGAAGCAUCCUGGUCUCCAUCAACCCCUACAAGCUGCUCAACAUUUACGGCACGGACAUGGUACUCCUGUAUGAGGGCCACGGUCUGAGUGACAACCCUCCUCACCUAUUUGCCCUAGCUAAUCUUUCUUACACCAACAUGAUGGAUGCCAAAGACAACCAAUGUAUUGUGAUCAGUGGAGAAAGCGGGUCCGGAAAGACAGAAGCCACCAAACUAAUCUUGCGUUACCUAACUGCCAUACACCACAAACGAAAUGUGACACAACAGAUAGAGAUCCUAGAAGCCAUGCCCCUUUUGGAGUCCUUUGGCAACGCUAAAACCGUACGCAACGACAACUCGUCACGCUUUGGCAAAUUCACGCAGAUCUGCAUGGAGGAGGGUGUAAUCAGUGGUGCCAUAACGUCUCAGUACCUGUUGGAGAAGUCCCGCAUUGUCUUUCAGGCCAAAUCGGAGAGAAACUAUCACAUCUUCUAUGAGAUGUUGGCAGGCCUUCCUCCGCAUGAGAAGCACUCACUGUAUCUGCAGGAUGCUGAGACCUACUACUAUCUCAAUCAGGGAGGGGACUGCAAAAUUGCAGGCAAGGAUGAUGGCGAGGACUUUCGCCGCCUGCUGAGCGCCAUGGACAUCUUGCGCUUCAAUGCUGAGGAGCAAAAGGACAUCUACCGGUUACUGUCUUCCAUCCUCCAUAUCGGAAAUGUCUACUUCGAGUCGCAUCAGGCUGGAGCUAGUCAGGAGGCUGCGGCGUCAGUGGUAAGCACUCAGGAGAUCCGAGUGGUCGCUGAACUGCUACAGGUGUCACCCGAAGGGCUGCAAAAGUGUGUAACCUUUAAAGUUAAGGACACAGUACGGGAAAAGAUAUCCACUCCGCUCACAGUGGAGAGUGCUGUAGAUGCCAGAGACGCGGUUGCCAAGAUCCUGUACUCGCUGCUCUUCAACUGGCUGACAGAGCGUAUCAACGGACGGGUGUACCCCCGUAAUGAAGCACUCUCCAUCUCCAUACUGGACAUUUAUGGAUUUGAGGAGCUACAGGUGAACAGUUUUGAGCAGCUGUGUAUCAACUAUGCCAACGAAACUUUGCAGUUCUUCUUUAACAAAGUCAUCAUCCAACAGGAGCAGGAAGAGUAUAUGCGUGAGCAGAUUGAGUGGCAACAACUCCCCUUUAGCCACAACCAGGCCUGCCUGGACCUUAUUGCCGCAAAGCCUCAUGGGAUACUACGCAUACUUGACGAUCAGUGUGGUUUUCCUCAGGCAACAGACCACACAUUCUUGCAGAAGUGCCAUUAUCAUCACGGUAACAACCCCUUGUAUGCUAAGCCAAAGAUGCCGCUGCCGGAGUUCACCCUCAAGCACUAUGCCGGCAAAGUCACCUACCAGGUGAACAAGUUUCUGGACAAGAAUUUUGAUACGGUCCGUCAGGAUGUCUUGGACCUGUUCAUUCACAGCAAAAACAGAAUGGUGUCGGACCUCUUCCUCAAGCAUUCCGAAGCUUUGUCACAGCAUCGGUCCAUUGCGCGGCGCAGCAGCACAGCUCGCCGCUUCCAGGCCAGCACGGUUAGCGCAAAGUUUGGGAGCAGCUUGCAUGAGCUACUGGAGAAGAUGGAGAGGUGUCACCCGUAUUUUGUGCGCUGCAUCAAGCCAAACCAGCAUAAGGAAUCUGCAAUGUUUGACAUGGACCUGGUGUGUACACAGCUGCGCUACUCUGGAAUCAUGGACACCAUCCAAAUACGCAAGGAGGGCUACCCCGUCAGACUGACUUUUCACAGCUUUCUUUCCAGGUAUAAAGCGCUUCUGUGUUUGAAGGAUCCACCCAUGCCCAAUGGCGAAAACUGUGUUAUCAUGUUGCGAAAGCUGGGACCCAUCAAGGUUGGCUCCUACCAGCUGGGAGUCACUAAGAUCUUCCUGAAGGAGGAUUUGCACCAGCUCCUGGAGGGCAAGCGCGACCGUGUGCUCAACAUUGCCGCUCUUACCCUGCAGAGAUACAUACGCAUGUACUUUAUACGCAAGAACUUCGUCAAGUUCCGACACUGCAUGACACUGUUGCAGGCCAGAUGCAAAGGAUGUGUCGUCAGAAAGAUGUUUGCACGGAGAAGAAAAUAUCUUGUCAAGUUACGCGCCUUGGUGCGAAUCAUUGCCAACAGGCAACGCUACAUGAGGACAGUGGUGAACCCAGCGAGGAUGGCUGAGGAGGAUCGCAUCAAUCGAGAAGUGGUAAACGUGACCACGUUGCCGAUCCCAGCUGAGUUGGCGGCACUGCUUCAGGCGGCAUCAGGUGGCACCGAGCUGCACGCGGACUGCCUGGCUUUGGUCCAGGCUCCCAAAGUUCAAGUUGAACCACAGCUGACCUUGCCCCUGGACAUCAACAACUACCUCAUGACUCAUUAUGUCCAUGCCAUAUUUAGGGAACCAUACUUUGGGAUGCUGACAGCCCCUCUGGAAAACUCUCUGACCCGAUUGGAUCAGAACUUGAAACAAGGAGCCCUAAACGUCUUUGUCCUGAUCCUUCGCUUCAUGGGGGACCCCGAGCUGAACGGGGCACAGGAAAACCUCUUCGGCAAUUACAUUAUCCAGAGAGGCCUUGCCAAUGCUGAGCUCCGAGACGAGAUCUUUGCUCAAGUGGCCAAUCAGGUGUGGAGGAAUCCAAACAUGCUAAAUUGCGAGCGUGGUUGGCUCCUCUUGUCUUCAUGUUUGUCCGCCUUCCUGCCCUCUCCAAGGCUUGCUAAGCACCUGCUGAAGUUCGUGUCAGACUAUGGGCCCGAGGGCUACAACUCAGUGUGUCAGCACGCUCUGCUGCAGGGUAUGCAGCGGUCCAGCGAUGGGCCCGAAUACGCGCGCACCUACCCGCCGUGCCUCCUAGAGUGGACUGCCAACCGCAAGAGAGCACACACCCUACUCCACGUGCAUUGCUUUGACGGUGUGUCUGUCCUUUGUCCUGUUCACUCAUGGACUACAGGAGAGAACAUGGCCAAAGACAUCUUGCUACACAGGGGUGUGACGGAGGGUCGUCGGGGCUGGUCUGUGCUGCUGAAAGAGUCAGCGCAGUGGGUGGAGCUGGAAGGCUCGGACUAUGUCCUAGAUCUGAUGUCAGACCUGGAGCUGCCUGCCCAUUUCCCCAAACACAGCAGUUACUUUAUCAUCUCUGCACAGGAACCAGGACGUGUACGAGCCAAUGCCAGCAUAAGUCUGCUGGGCGGCCGAUUUGACCCAAAUGAUGACGUCAUUUUGCCCGCUAUUGCCCACAAUUACGUUUUUGGCCAGGACCAAGAGCCUCAUCGGGGGAUGGAUCGCUAUCUGGAUAGCCUGUUUGACCCGGUGCUGUCUGAUGGGAGUAUAGAAGUCGACUCAACUGCGCUGCUGUCCAGCAGGAUGAAGGGCCGUGGAGGAGUCGGGUGGCAAGACCAAGACCCACCGGGUCAUCCCCCGCCUCCACCUGGUGCUGUGCGAGUGCUUCCCGUGGGAGGCGUAAUUUCACUUCCUGUUGCCACCGUGAAUCCCGUCACAGACGCCCAGUCUAGCGCCCCGACCUCGCCUAUUAUGAGCCCCCCCACCAGCCCCUUACUCCAGCACCCCCCCAGCCCUUAUGCCGCAGACAUCCCCCCAAGUCCCUACGCCAACAUCCCGCCCAGCCCAUACGCCAACUUUACGCCAUCUCCUUACACCGCCAUCGGCCUGGCAUCCAGUUCAUUCCCUCAGACAUCGGGGCCUGACCUUCAGCCAGGUGACACCCAAACUGAUAGAAGCGGGUCUACUGCCUCAAAUCAGACUGUGUCUCAUGAUAAUAAGAAGGACAGUGUUCCUAGAAGGAGAGCUCCUGGAAUUCCCAUCAACAAGGACAAAGCCGCGAAAAAGUUUGCCCCCGUGGCGACGUCUCCUCCGCCCCCUGCUGGCGAAGUGGUGAAGUACUCUUCUCAAACUUCUGAGCUGAUUGUGCCCAGUCAAGAUAUUCAGGAAAUAAUCAGGCGGUACAAUUCUCCUCCUCCUCCGAUGGAGCCACUGCCCCCUGGAAAAAGGAGACCAGAGGGUAAAUUUAAGAAGAAGCAAACACCUCGGGAUGAAGCUUUACAGAUCCUAAAACCACAAAUGGACAACCCCCCUGCUCCACAGCCCAAGCGCCCCGUGGUCCCUCCACCAUCUAUAUCUGCCAUGAUGGAGACCACCUCCCAGCCCAGAAAGAGCACAAAGAGCAAAUCUCCUCAUCGUCCACUGCCGGUACCACCAUCAGUUUCUCGAGAGCUUCCAGUGGAAUCAGAGAGGAUCCAGACCAACUUGCACCAGAGCACCAACCAGGAACAUUACACCUACACCAACGUACCUUGGAAACUCUUCCUUAGGAAAGAGGUGUUCUAUCCCAAAGACAGCUUUAACAAUCCACUAGUUUUGGACCUCAUUUUUAAACAGAUCGUCAACGACACCCUGUCAGAGGCGUGCGUCCGCAUUCGCCGGGAUGAAAGGCAGCGGAUGAAAGCUCUCUUUGAUAAACACGGGGUACAACAGAACACUGAUCCGGUGGAGGAACAUGUGAAGAAAGCCAUCGUCACAGCCGCUAGGGACACCUGGGAAAUCUACUUUUCCCGACUCUUCCCGGCAUCGGGUAGCGUUGGAACAGGUGUGCAAGUGCUGUCAGUAUCACAAGGCAGCAUCAAGCUGUUGAAGACAGUGAAAAGCAGCGCCGACGCUCCAGACUACUUCAGGGUCCUGAGAGCAUACACUUACGCAGACAUCCUGUUUGUGACCAUCCCGUCGGACAACAUGUUGGAGUUCAACCUCAGCAAUGAGAAGUUGAUCUUAUUCUCAGCCAAGGCGCCGCAGGUAAAGCACCUGGUGGACACCUUCAUUGGCGAGAUCAAGAAGGAUUCCGAAUAUGUGAUCGCUGAGCGCAACUUUGUGGCAGAUCAGCGUACCAUGCUCAACUUUCACAAGGGUGAUAUCAUCAGGCUGCAGGUGCUGGACAGUUUGGAAAAAGGUUAUAGUUAUGGAUGUGUGGUGAAAAAGAAGGUGGUCUACUUGGAGGAGCUCAAGAAAGACACGCAGGACUUUGGUUGGAAGUUUGGGGCAGUGUUUGGUCGCCCUGGCGCUUUCCCGUCAGAGUGCGUCCACCCGGUUGCUCCUCCUGACUUCCUGUCCCUGCCGUUGGACCGCAAGGCAGAGCCCAGAGGUGGAGCAGGACAGUUUGCAGUGUCUUCAGCGGUGGCUGUUGCCGUGGCAUCAACCAUGGCCGCGCAUGAGAUAGACCAGACCAUUGAGGGUGUGUCUCUGAAUGACUUUGAUGGAGAGAUGGACGAGAGGACUUUGCUUGACAGUAAAUAUGACAUGCUGGAGUUUGCCAGGAAGUAUUUCAGACAAGCUGCAACUGGGAAGGGGGACUCUCUAAAGAGUAAGAGCAAAAGCCGAGUCUCCAGGGAGCCCGAGGAAAUGAUCAAGUUCUCCAAGAAUCCCAUGAGUGAGUCCCUCAUAGAAUUCACGGAUCCAGCCAUGAAUCGAGUAGCAGUGGACCUGUUCCUUAUGGUAAUGCGCUUCAUGGGGGAUUCACCAUUAAAGGGGCUAACAGAGCAGGAAGUGGUCAGCACAUUCCUCAAGCUGGUAGGAGAGUUCACAUUGAUGAGGGAUGAGGCUUACUGUCAGGUGGUCAAACAGAUCACUGCUAACACCAGCUCCAAACCCGACAGUUGCCAGCGAGGGUGGAGGCUGCUCUACAUCCUCACGGCGUUCAGUCGCUGCUCUGAGGUCCUCAAGCCUUUCCUGCUGAAGUACCUGAUGCAGGCCUCUUUCAGCACAGGGGUGCAGUAUCAAGGCAUCGCUAAGGCGUGUGAGCAUAAUCUGAAGAAAACCUUCCAAUACGGCGGCCGUGCCGUUCCCCCCAACAACAUGGAGCUCAAAGCCAUGAUGGCAGGGAGGAGCUCCAAGCGUCAGCUCGUCCUCUUUCCGGGAGGCCUGGAACGCCACGUGAAGAUCAAAACGUGUUCUGUUUCACUGGAGGUUAUAGAGGAGCUGUGCUACGAGAUGGGCCUCCACAGACUGGAGGCCAUUGAGGAGUACGCCAUCUUUUUGGUUACUGAUGGAGGUCAGAAUGUGCGUCCUCUCAACAAAAACGAGUACAUUUUGGACGUGGCCACAGAGGCGGAACUAGUGGACAACAAUUACAGCUUCUGGUUCCGACGUGUCGUCUGGGCCCAGCCCCUCAAAUUUGACAACGAGCUUUACGUGGCCAUGCACUAUAACCAGAUCCUUCCAGACUACCGAAAAGGUCUCCUGAACAUUCUUCCGCCCGGAAACGUGAGCGAUCAACAAUUCCAUCAGCUCUCCAAGCUUGCCGCCUUGCAGCACCGAGCCAAAGAUAUCAUCUUCAUCCCAAGCAUACACGAGCUGUCGGAGUACAUUGCAACUCCGCUCUUCAAAAAGCAGCCGCCGCAGCAGUGGGUUGCCAUGGUGACACAGCACAUGCAACAGGUCCAGACCCUCAGCCCGCACCAGGCGCGAGCGCAGUUCUUGGGCCUGGUGAGCGCGUUCCCCAUGUUUGGCUCGUCCUUCUUCUACGUCCACAGCAGCAGCUCUACCUCUUUCUACGCACCCUGCAUUGUUGCUGUCAAUCAAAACGGGCUUCACUUCCUGCACAAAACCACACAUGAGGUGAUGGCAGUGGUCCCCCUGACGGAGGUGCAAUCCAGUCGCACCCAAAGGCCCUCUGCUGGGGCAAGCUACCCCUACGUGGACCUGGCCCUGGGUGACAUGGACACACAACGGCUCAUUCAGCUGCAACUUGAGCAGGGCCUGGAGCUCUGUCGAGUAAUCGCCAUGCAGGUGGAGAACAUGAUGUCAGUGCGCGAAAAGCGGCUCACUUUGCCACCGAGCGAGAUCACCAUGUUAUAAUGCUCCUUAAAUUCUCAACCCAGAGCUGAGUAAACAUUUUGCUUAAGCGGUCAAGGCUGGUUCUGGUUCAAAAUGUCAAUUGCGGGUAAUUUGUACUAUGGCUGUAAAUAAUUAUUAUUUUGAUAACAUUAUAUUUUACCAUGUAUUUAUCAUGAUUUUUACAGUAGUACUGUAUGUCAGAAAAUGGGGCGGUGGGAAUGUUUCCCCAAAGUAAAAGAAGAUAUUUUCACAUGUCCUAUGUACUUUGAUAAACUCAAAGGGCUGAAAUGAUUCAGUAAGGUUGAAAUAAUGUUCAAAUGACAUUUUCUUGGAGUGAUUUGAAAAUUUAAAAAACAGAGUGAGGUAAAACAAGCAGUUUUAGGAAAAGUCAUGAACACCCAACACUGUAAGUUGUAUAUGCACAGAUUUUUUUUCUUUUUCUGGGUGUUGAGUCACUUGACCCAGCCCCACGGACUCAAUUAAAAGCUAAUGUUAUCAUUCUGCUUUCAUGGAGGACUACUGCUAGCAUUAGUUUGACAUAUCACAGGGAUCUGUAGAAAAACCAACAAACAAACAAUAUUUUCAAUCAACAAGAAUAUUGGGAAUAUUAUUUAUCUGGUCAUAUUUUGAUUUUUGAUGGUCAGUGGCAUAAACGUGCACCGAGAGCUGAGAUUUUGCUAUGUGAACAUGUCAAAUUCUAGCAAGUGUGCCGAAUAUUGCGGCUGGCAAGUGUACAUAUAAAUGUAUACUGUACUUGUUAUAAAUAUGUUAGCAUAAUAACUGGAAAAAUUACAAACCAAAGGUAGUGAAUUACUGUAUUUUUACAUUAGUAUUGUAUUUUACAUGACCUGCAUUUUGUAUAGUAUGUUUUUUAUUAUUUGUUUAAAGUUAUCUCUACUGUAAAAGGUAACAUAACA